AUGGGCUCAAUUGUUAGAGCAGUCUAUACUUUCACUAAACAUGCAAUUAUAUCAACAUCAGUACGCGCUCUUUCAACAACGAGGCCACUAAAGUUAAAACAGCUACGAGAACACAAAGAAGGCUCUACGUUGGUAGUGGAAGGUGUUACAGUAGCGUCUCCAAGGUCAGGUUUACUUGUUCGCGCUGAAGAUCUCUCUGGAUAUGAGCCGCCACCAAACAACGGAACCCAGGAAAAACCAUGUUACAUGUGUGCACUGGGUCUAGAUGUAAAACACACUGAUGUUCUUAUCCUAAGCCAGUUUGUGAGAUCAGACGGCUGCAUGCUACCUAGACGCAUCACUGGAUUAUGUAGUCGACAGCAGAAAAAGAUCGGCAAACUAGUCACAAUGGCGCAGAAAGCAGGUCUUAUGAUAAACCUUACACCUUCUAACUGCAACAAAAAUCCAAGGAAGAGGAGAGACUACAAAAAGUUCAACACAUACUUUGAUGAGAAGACAAUAUUCAUGUGGCGGAUUCCAAAGCCUACUGAUAAGUUCAAGCGU